AUGGAUAGCCCAUCAAAAUCAUUGGUCAUGCUCCUUCUUCCUUUUCAGACUCCAUCUUUUCUGACCCAAUUUUACCACUACCAAUUCCCACUCGUAAUACCCCCUCGUAAUAACGAUGUUGCUCUUCAGCAGCUCAAGUCUCUGCUUCAUCAUAAAUUUCGGAUCAAGGAUCUGGGGAAGCUUCAGUACUUUCUGGGAUUGGAGGUAGCUCGUUCCAAGCUUGGGAUCUCUGUCAGUCAACGUAAGUACUGUCUUGACUUGAUCAGUGACUCAGGGUUUCUGGCUUGCAAGCCUGUUUCCACCCCUCUUGACCCCGGUGUUCGCUUAUCCAGAGAUUCCGGCGUUCUUCUUCCUGACAUUCCUGCAUAUCGUCGGCUCAUUGGUAGGUUAUUAUACCUGACCAUCACCAGGCCUGACAUUGCUUAUGCUGUUCAUAAGCUCAGUCAGUUCCUGUCAUGUCCCACUGAUAUUCAUCUUGCGGCUGCACAAAGGGUCGUUCGUUACUUGAAGACUAAUCCUGGGCAGGGUAUUUUUUACUAUGUUUCUUCCCCUUUGUGCCUCAAUGCCUUUGCCGAUGCCGAUUGGGCCUCUUGCCCGGAUUCGCGACGCUCCACAUCUGGGUUUUGUGUGUUUCUCGGGGAUUCGCUGAUUUCUUGGAAGGCUAAGAAGCAGACUACGGUUUCCCGCAGCAGCACCGAGGCCGAAUAUCGUGCCCUGGCCAACGCUACCUGUGAGCUCAUUUGGUUGCAUAGUCUUUUGAAGGAUUUACACAUUACUGUCACUGGGCCUGCGAAACUUUUUUGUGAUAAUCGGUCUGCCAUACACAUUGCGACGAAUCCUGUUUUUCACGAACGAACAAAGCAUAUCGAGAUCGAUUGUCAUCUCGUUCGUGAUAGACUGCGGGCUGGGUUUCUUCUGCUUAUGCACGUCAAUGCCGAAAACCAGUUGGCCGACAUCUUUACCAAAGCUUUGCAGCCUUCAUUGUUCCUGAGUCUGCUUUCUCGGUUGCAUAUCUCAAGCCUGUUCCUCCCGUCUCCGUCUUGA